UGCACAGCAGAGGACAACUUGCAGUAAGCAACAGCUACACAGGCCGUCCGUCGUUUCACCGAGCGCGCCAUCAGCAUGGGAAACCCCUUGCAAGCCACCGCCGACGUUAUCUCCCACGCCUCGGAGUUUGUCCACGACGACCAGUUUCUUUUCUUCGCCUCUGUUUCAAGGGCGUGGAGGGGCGCCUGGCGCGGCCGCCCGACUUUAACCAGAGCCAUCACCCCAGACACCUCGCCGAGCCAGCUGCGGCACAGCGUCGACUGCGGCCUCUCUGGGGGCACCGCAGUAUGCACCGCGAUCGCCUCCUUGGGCAGGCUCGACCUCCUGCGGGCCGCUCGCGCGCUCGGCUUCCAGUGGGACAAGAUGACCUGCUGGAAGGCCGCAGAGGGGGGCCACCUCGACGUGCUCCGCUACGCCCGAGCAAACGGCUGCGGGUGGAACGUCCUGACCUGCGCGGGGGCGGCCAAGGGCGGCCACCUCGAGGUCCUCGCGUGGGCGCGGCAGAACGGCUGCGGCUGGGACGAGUGGACGUGCACAGCGGCGACGAAGGAGGGUCACCUGGAGGUCCUGCAGUGGGCCCGCGCCAACGGGUGCCCCUGGAACGCCUGGACGUGCGCGCAGGCGGCGGCCGGCGGCCACGUUGAGGUGUUGCGGUGGGCCCAUGAAAACGGGUGCCCCUGGGACGAGGAUGUCUGCUGGGCGGCGGCGUGGGGCGGCCACUUGGACGCCCUCGAGUACGCAAGGGCUAACCACUGCCCGUGGAACGAGCGCACGUGUUCGGGAGCGGCGGAGAACGGUCACCUGGAGGUGUUGGUGUGGGCAAGGGAGAACGGGUGUCCCUGGAACGAGAGGACCUGCGUCAACGCCUCGCGGGGGGGGCACGACGACGUGCUUCGAUGGGCCGUCGCUAACGGUUGUGUGUGAAGAGGGUUUCGAGGGGCUGGAGGAGCUAACGGCAGUAGCUGAAGUUGGCGAGGGUGUUCGUUGUACGAUGGGGCUCGAGAUAGAUUGCGAAGAGGGCUGUGUUGUGGGCGCUCUUUGGUCGCUGGAAUGAAUGCUGCAGGAAGCGAGACACAAGACAGUUUUAAGCCAUUCAUAGCCGUCGUGUGCUAAAACAGAGCAGCAAAAUAAAAAUUCCACUCUAACAAGAGCAGACACACGGUCUUCCACCUCCUGUUUUUUAGCACAUUUGAAUGAGCAACCUAUUGGAGUUUUAGGUUUCGUCACGUACCAAGGGCACGUUGCCCUCUUCGAGAGGUGGGCAACACACCGAUGCCCCGGGGGUUGGAUUUCACGGCCGUUUCAUCAAAAGUCUCAACUCCAUGUUUUAAAUCGGCACGGUCAGAGCUGUUUUUUUUCUUUUUUCGGAAGUGAUGAAAGCGCCAGAGGGCGUUCUUCUUUUAUCUUGGCUUGACUGCGAAAUGUCCGGCGCAUGCGGGCACCCUAGGCACGCGGAACUAGAGCUAUGCUGCUGAACGCGCCUCUAACAGAUGCGUAUUGCCGAGGUGUGACCUGUUUUUGUGGAUAUGUUUGCGGUCGCCUCUUGUGCUUUUUACAUCGUUUACGGUCCUCCUGAUGAUGGAUUUGUUCCGGCGUAGCAGCCCUCCCUGUCUGGAAUGCAGGCGACGUCGCGUUUGGUGCAUGUCUUGUUGAUCUACGUGGUAUCAGCGGGGCUCCUGUUUGUUAUAUGGUGCCUGGCACUUUGAAGUAUGGGGGGUGUAGAAAGUUAUUGAGAUUCAGAAACCUAAGAAUGCCUUGCUUCGUAAUUUGGUACACGUGUAGGGGCGCUCCCGUAGGGAAGACACCAACUAUGGCGAUCAAUUUCACUAAUGGUACUGGUAGAGCAGCCCAAAACGAAUGGACCAGACCACCUACACGUGAAUCGCCAUGCUUUUUUUUUUUCGUGAUACGGACAAUGAACCUUGCAUCCUGUCCCCGUUAUUGAAAGAGAUUAUGUUAUUUUUUGUUCGUAAAGAGACCAAUAUUGCAGCAGUGGCCGGGUGUUUUUAUUUUUUACCGUAAGAGAGGAUUGUAGGGAGAUGUGCGCGGCAGAGAGCAUGUAUCGUGACCUCGUGCCGAAAACCGACUCUCUGAUUAAUUUCCUUGAAUUCGCUCCGUGCUCGGGCGUGUUUUUUGGCCUUUUUCGUGCGAUCACGCCUUCAGAGCUUUGCCGAGCGACUCUUAACAUUUUACGUAGAUGACACAGAUUCGCUUCCAAAAACACAAAUCACCCCCGCAUGGUGGCACCCUGGCAAUUAGGUGUACAGAUAGCGCCCGCACUAAGAACCUCAAGUUUCGGCCGAGGCUGGGGUUCUUUGCUGAUCAUCCUCUUGUGGGCUACAAAUGGCCGCAAUAUAGGUUUUAGUGCAGGGGUUCUUAUCCGGGCUCACAAAUGGUGCUCCAGUUCUUAGCUUAUAAUGUCUUGAGUCUCAAUUUCUAAACUGCUAAAUUUUCAAGUGCGGGCGCUAUCAACAUGUAUGUGUUCUGUGGUGGACUUGGCAGCAUGGCACCCUUGUAUUGGUAGCACGAGGUGAUGAA